AUGCCGCAAGCUGGACAAGCUCGUCGUGAUGUCUGGAGGCGCACAGAAGCCUUGGUGUUGGCCUGCGCGGCCCUUGGCGCCGGCCUGGCAUCCUCAGGGGCACCUUUAUGGUUCCAGCAGAGCACCGCGAAGAAGCUCCGGCAUCGACCCAAGGAGGAAAUGCUUCUGCAUAGCCUUGCAGAGAUGCUCAUGCCGGAGGAGCCAGCUGAAGACCUCGUCCGUGAGUUUUCGGCACAGUCUGAGGUGAGUGAACCAAGAGCACUCCCCCCUGCGCUGGCAACGUAUGGUGUGCUUGAGGACAAGGACGCAGCGCUUUUCGUUGACUAUGAUGGUUCUCCUUCACACCUGCAGCCUGCGGGGAAGGCCGCCGACGUUGCGAAGACAGAGGCUCUUCUGCGCCUCGCACCACCAGGAUCCUACGUGGUGCGCGUGGCCCAUGAGCAGAGAGGCUUGAAAGUGGAGGGCAAUUGCCUGGAGGUGGUCGUGGAGCCCUGGCAGCUGGGGGAUGAAUCGGGCGUCAAGAAGGCGCUGCGCCGAACCGCUGAUGCCCUCCUCCAACAUCUUCCGCUGAGACGCGACGUGCAGCAGACACUGCUCUGCUUCCCAGCGGAUGGUGACGCCUUGGCUGAGGUUGGCAUGAGCAAGGAGAAGUGGGCAAGGAUCCUCCAGGAGCAUCCGCACAUCGUGGGCUACAACCUCUCCGUAGGGAACCUGGCAUCUUCGGUGGAAGAGCUAGGUCUAUCACCUCUGCAUCUUGCCAGGAUCAUCGCAAGGCGGCAGCAAUUCCUUGGCCUUGGCCAAAGCAGCGAUCUGCAAUCCAUGGUCUCGGAGCUUGGAGAGAUGGGUUUCAGCCAACAUGACAUCAUCAGGACUUUUAAGAGGUGGCCUUCCAACUUGAACGUCGGCUCCUCCUUCUCUUUCAAGCCGCACGCGGACUUCUUGUCAGAGGUCGGCCUGAGCAACGGUCAGUGGAUCAGAGUGCUGAGCGCACACCCGGGUUUGCUGUCCAUGGACAUCGACGCGAAGCUGCGGCCCGUGGUCAACUUCCUCCAGGAGCAGGGCCUCAAUCCUUCUCGCGUGGUGGGCGUGAUCACCGCCUUCCCACGGGUCUUCGACUACAUCUCCGUAGUCAACGAGAAUCCUUGGGGAGAUGUCCUCCGCGAAGGAGGUCUAAGCCAGGAGCAAGUGGCCAGGGUCUUCGCCAAGUUCCCUGCGAUUUUCAGCUUGAGCGCCGAGGCGCUACAGGCCCGCAUCGACAUGCUCCAGAAAGUUCUCCAUGCAGACAAGGAUGCUGAGGAUGCACUGACCAGAACCAUCUGCAAUUAUCCGCACGUGCUCGACUUCAGCGAGGACCAGGUCGAGUCUACGCUGGGUUGGUUAAGGCGGUUCGGCUUCAGGGAGGCAGACAGCGCGAAGGUGGUGCAAGCUGCUCCAUCCGUGCUAGGCCGCUCGGUGGACCGCCUGCAAUCGACAGUCAGAUGCCUGAAAGAGGUCGGCCUCAGCAAAGACGAGGUUGCCGGUGUCCUCUCGAGCUGCCCGCAAGCCUUGGCAGUCAAUGCGAAGAGCAUCCUACAGCCGAAAAUGGAACUUCUCCUCCAGUACUUCUCCAAAGAGGAUUUGCUACAACGGCUGCAUCGGAGCCCAAAACUCCUCUACUACGCCUACGACCGGCUGGCAGUCCGCCUCAGGGACCUGAAGAAAAGAGAGCUCCUUGAGGCCGGCUCCUACAUCAUGUCCAUGUCGGACAGCGCCUUCGGCCGGUGGGUAGAUGCAAAGGCACAAGAAGAUGAAAAGGCACCUGAAGCCGUUUUUUCGUAA